AUGAGUAACGAGCUUCUCGACAUAGAUCCUAUCGACCUUCAAUUCCCUUUUGAAUUGAAGAAGCAGAUCUCUUCGUCUCUGUAUCUGGCUAACAAGACGGACAAUUAUGUCGCCUUCAAGGUUAAAACGACGAAUCCAAAGAAGUAUUGCGUCAGGCCUAACACUGGUGUUGUUCUUCCGAGAUCCUCUUCUGAAGUUCUAGUGACCAUGCAAGCGCAGAAGGAAGCUCCUGCUGAUAUGCAGUGCAAAGACAAGUUCUUGCUUCAGUGUGUUGUAGCUAGUCCAGGAGCCACUGCCAAGGAAGUUACUCCGGAGAUGUUUAGCAAAGAGGCAGGGCAUCGAGUUGAGGAGACUAAAUUGAGAGUUGUCUAUGUUGAUCCACCACGGCCGCCUUCACCUGUUCGUGAAGGAUCAGAAGAAGGCUCUUCGCCGAGAGCUUCUGUGUCAGAUAGUACAAACGUCUCUGAUUUUACUGCUGCUCCAAGAUUUAGCGUGGACAGGCUUGAACCUCAGGAAAACUCAUCUGAGGCGAGAGCUCUCAUCACAAGGCUCACCGAGGAAAAGAACUCUGCGCUUCAACUGAACCAGAAACUUCAACAAGAAUUGGAGCAUCUGAAGCGUGAAAGCAAGAGGAGUCAGAGUGGUGGUGGAAUCCCGUUCAUGUACGUUCUUCUGGUGGGAUUAAUCGGUCUCAUCUUGGGAUACAUCAUGAAGAAGACAUGA